AUGGAGCUAUUAGAACUUAUUGAUGAUAAGGAAGAUCAGAAAGAUAACACUAAUGAUUGGAUGGAGCAACUUUACUCUGAUAUGUCUACAAAAUGUAAUAUUUUUGAUGAGCAAGAAAAAACUGAUGAAGAUAUGUAUUGCUAUAGUGGUGAUCUGAGCCAAUGGUGAAAUAUAAUAAAAACAGAAAUUGAUUAAAUUUAACACUUUAU